UAACACUGACUAUAGAGCAGAGGAAUUGAAUGGCUGUUGACGAAAAUAGCACCUGUUAAAAAUUAAACAUAUUUUUGUCAAUGAACUGGUUUUCGUAAAAUGAGGGUAGUUUGUGCUGCAAAAAAUUGCAAAUACUCUUCGGAAAAUGAAGACUCGACACAUGUCAUUUUCAUUAAUUUUCCUAACGAUGAUACCUCCAAAAUAUGGGCACAUCAUUGUGGCAGAACAGACCUCUUGAUGAAAUCGAACGAAGAGUUGCAUUUAAAUUGUUAUAUAUGUUCUCAUCACAUAGAGGAUCAUUAUUACAUAAGUAAAAGUGAUCCUGUUAUAAUAGACCAACAUGCUGUGCCUACAUUAUUUGAAUCAGAUGUUCUAACAAAGAAAGAUUUAAGAAAUAUCUUGGAUAGAGAUGAAAAAACAGAAGUGACAAACAAUGUUGUAUUGUCAUAUUGUGAUGUGGAUACUGAGAUAAACCAAUAUAGAGAUAUCAGUAUUAGAUUUCCAAAUUUGUGUAGAAUUUGUGGUGAGCCAUCAUUAGAUGGUAUAGAAAUAUUUACAGAGAAGGGCAUAGAAUUAAAGUUAAAAGAUAAAAUAAGUUUCCAUCUACCAAUAGUUGUUGAUGUGGAAGAUUUGAUGCCACAAAAAUUAUGUAUGAAUUGCUAUAAUAAACUGGAAAUUGCACAUUCACUUGUUGUAACUUGUUUAAAAACAGAUAUGAAGUUGAAAAGAUUUUUAAAUAUUAAUGAAGAAAUGAACUAUGACAAUAAAUAUAAUGCAAUAGUGAAGGCAUGUUCACUGGAUAUAGCUAAAGAAAUUUGUUCAAAUGAUGAAAAUCAGACUACCUCUAUUGAAUUAUCUUCUGAUAAAGUUGAUGAAAUUGUAAUGAAUCAAGAUAUUACAACAAAAUUAAAUUACUUAGAAAAUAUUGAUACACAAAAAACUAACUUUGCAAACAAUGUAAGGAAGGAAAUGCAAUCUGAAUUAAAUAACUUCAUUGAAUCAUACAACAAAGAAAAUAAAGAAGACAAUUCCAUAAAUAAAACAACAAAUAAUCCAAACAAUGAUGGAACAAAUAAUACUAAUAAAAUUGCAUGUUUUCAUUGUAAAGAUUCGUUUAAAACACAAGAAAUUUUUGAAAAUCACAAAAUGUUAUGCGAUGGAGAAGAAAUAAUAAUACAAAAACAAAAAGAGAUUACUGAGAUUAGUGAUAUUAACAAUGAAGAAGAAAUGACUUUUCACUUUGUUACAAAGACUUGUAACAUUUGUGACAAAAGUUUUAAUGAUGAGAAACUUUUUGCUGAACAUGAAUUUUCACAUUGUGAACAUUAUCAAGAAAAACAAUGCCAAAUUCCAGAUAAGCUAAGUAUAACCGAAGAACAGCAGAAUAUCUCUGAACAUUCACUUGCUAUAAACUCUGCUGCAACAGUUGAAACUAAUAAACAAUGUGGACAUUGUGAAUCAAUUUAUUGUAUAAAAAAAGACUUGUUAAAUCAUAUUGAGAAAUGUCAUGGUGGCCAGCUAUUAUUUAAAUGUAUUAAAUGUAAUAAAAGUUACGAAAAAUGGUCUAGUUUAGAUGUACACGAAGCCACUCACAGAAUAGAUAAACCUUAUCUAUGCGACUUAUGCGGGAAGAGUUUUAAACACUCUAAUAAUUUAAGAGGUCACAAAAGAACUCAUUUAGAUGACACAAGAAAAAAACGACAUGUUUGUGAAAUUUGUGGAAAUGCAUUUAGAUCUAGAUUUCAUUUGGGAGAGCACAUGAACCAACACAAUGGAAAUAAACCUUACUCUUGUGAAAAAUGUGGAAAAGCUUUUUACAAAAGAAUACAACUAAGGCAACAUAAACUGUCUCAUGGUGUAAAUAAACACAUUUGUCCUAUUUGUGGAGCAGCGUUUAAUCGUAAAGGAAAUAUGAAUACGCAUCUUAAGCGGCAUGAUAAUGGAGAUGGCAUAUACACGUGCAGUGUUUGUGCAUACAGAUGUAAGUCAAUGAGUGAACUGAAGUUACAUAGGAAAAAACAUACGGAAGAAGACAUCAUAGAAAGCAUAAGGAAAAAGUGUACCGAUAAAACAGUAUGGCAAUGUGAAGUCUGUAGCCGGAUAUUUUCGACGCGGGUAGUUUUAUUGAAUCACGAGCGCAUACAUAAAGGAGAGAAAAUGAACGUUAAAUGUAAUAUUUGUGGGAAACAGUUAGCCAAUAAGAAUUCCUUGAUAUAUCAUAACAAGUCUAUACAUUCUAAAGAAAGACCACACAUGUGUCAAUACUGUGGUGGAGCAUUCGUGUCCAAAGAGUCGCGUCUUAUACACGAAAGAAUACACACUGGAGAACGCCCCUACAUCUGUAAAAUAUGUAACAUGGAAUAUAAAUGCUCCAGUAAUCUUAAUCAACAUAUGAAAAUCCAUUCUGGCAUUAAACCUCAUAGAUGUACAUACUGUGAUAAAAGUUUCACGCGUAAAGGGGCAUUAAGAGUUCACGAAAGAAUUCACACAGGAGAGAAACCAUUUUCUUGCGAUACAUGUGGCAAAAUGUUUUCACAAAAGAAUGAUAUGUUGAAGCAUACUAAAAUGCAUAAAGUAAAAACGAUGCGUUGCGAACAGUGCGACGAAGUAUUUAUGAAAAGGAAAGAUAUCCUAAAACAUGUCGCUUUCCACGAACAGGAAAAUCCUAUAGUUCAAGAAUAUGUGGAAGUGCGGCAACAUAUACAGCCCUACAAUGUAAAUAUUACAUGUUCAGAAUUUGAAUAA